CAUCAAAAUGGUGCUGAAAAAAUCGAACUCAGGACUGAAUUCUGGAGGCACCCAACGAUUGGCCAGAGGUGGCCAGGCUUGCAAUACACAGAGGCCAAUGAUCAUGGAGAAUGUGAUCGCCAUUUCUGUACCACCGAUAAAGCCAAGAGAUGAAAAAUUAGAAGAGAAUGUAUCGAAAUGUUUGGAGAAAAUCUGGAACUACAUUCAAUGGAAGGGACCUGGUCUGCCACAGAUUCAGUGUUCAAAGUGUGAGGGCAGUGUUUUCUACUCCAUGAAUAAAGCCAAGAGAUGGCUCCUACCAGCAGCACUAGACACCAUGAUGACAGAUUUUGACUUCCUACGGGAAGUUAACGAGAACUUAAACGUAGCUGUAAUACAGAGUAAAGAUAUUCCGAACGGAACUUCUUAUAAACAUGCUAUGGUAGAUAAAAAAUAUUCUUGGAAAAUACUUGCACAGUCGACUCAAGAGUGUGAACAAAAUCAGGAGAAAAAAUCUAGAAAGAGAUUUACAUAUCAUGGGCGAGGUGUCCAACGACAACAUCACUUCCUAAGGAAACAUCCCAUAGAAAAACCAAAACGAGGUGAUACGUCUCUUCCUGAGAGCGUGAAGGCUGAACUUGAUAUCAACGUUUAUCUACCGUAUCACGUCGAUGCAAGAAGUGCUUACAAUUUUAAUUACGAGCAUAAAUUUUUGCACUUUGGUCAUUUACGCCACAAUAAAAAAUCCUUUUUUAAAACAAAAGGUUACGUCAAUGGACUAAAAGAGUAUUGUAAGGGUUAUACAAAAGCUGAAAUGAAAGAAGACACGAUUGAAACUUUAACGGAACUGCGCGGGGAAUGUGAAGAUUACAUGGUUUACUGUGAUAAAGGCUAUUAUUAUUUUUUUCAAGCAUAUUUUAAGGGACGUAAGAAAGAUUUUGCACGAGAAUUUGAUAUUAGUGAUUUGAUUGUAGACAGUAAAAAGAAAACAAGACGACGAAAGAAAAAGAAACAAAGGCUAGAUUUGAAAAUGUUUUACAAAGACUGGUUGGUUCACGCUGAUAUCUCUGAAGUUGUUGCGGAAAAAAAUUGGAGGAGUGAACAAAGUUUAAAGCAAAGUUCUACACAAAAUCUUCAAGAUGAUCAGCUUAAUCAUUCAUUUGAAAUCAUUUCAUCUGAGGAAGCAGCUUUCUUGGACGUAGAAAAAACAAAUAAAUUUCAUAGUUUGUCAGAUGAGUUUAAAAGUGGCACCAUGGAAUUUGACAGCAGUUUUGUGAAUGUUGAUCUCGUGGAAGAAACUUUGUUUUCUUGUGAAAAUGAAUUAGACCAACAACAACUCCGUGAAAGUGGAGUGGUUGAUGUCUGUCUUGGUAACAGUUAUCCCCCGUGCUUUGUUGUCAAGUUCAGUGGCGAAAACGAUGAGACAAAAGAAUGGUAUCUCGUUGGGAAAAAAUCUGGCCAUCCUAAUUCGUCAUGGCUGAUAUCCAUACAGUGCCAGGACAAUUUAAAAAUAAAUGCCAAAUUUAGACAAAGAAUGUCAGAACAGCUGGAGUGUAGAUUAGCGUUUCAAAAUCUAAUCUAUUUAGUUUCUGGUUUGAAAAAUAAUGUUGUUGGCGAACCUGUCUGUUUAACCACGAACAAAAAACUAGACCAUGCCGCACCUUCAAACUUUAUCUGGCAACUCUUACCACAAACAAGAACCAUUAGUACUCACACCAUCACAGAAGCGGUUUCUCUGUUACAACAGCAACCAGAACACAAGGGCGAUCCUGAACAAUUGUUUCUGACAUCUCUCAUUAAAACCAAAGCGGAGGUAAUCAAGACAAGUGACUGUACCACCUGUUGUCUCCCCUAUACACCUGACAACCCUGCACUGAUGUUGUCCUGCGGACAUGCAUUCUGUGUGAGCUGCUGGCGUACUCACCUCUACUACAAUAACAGGCAUGGCACCAGUUAUCUACCCUGUAUGAUCACUAGCUGCAGUGCCAAAUGGACCUUGUUACUUUGAAAUCAAGUCUACCUUUUUCAGUUGUAACUAAAUGGUCAAAUCAAGCAAGAGACAAUUUAAUUGAUUCAAAUCCUAAAUGUAACUGGUGCCCUGAAAAGGACUGCCAAAAAUUUGCUAUUUCCACAUCUUUUCCCUUAAAGACACAAUUUGGUUUUCCAGUUAGCUGCGGCUGUUCACACACCUGGUGUGGAAACUGUCAAAAAACACCUCACUGGCCGACAUCAUGUGACCAGAUGUCUGCAUAUAACAAACUUCUGGAGAAAACUGGCGCGCAGUUGAAGUUUGGUCAAGCAGUGUUCAAUAUCAAGUUAAAACACUGCCCCAAGUGUAAAACCCCAAUAGCAAAAAAUUAUCAUAGAUGUUAUUCUCCAUAUCUGUCGUGUGGCGUAUGCACAUUCAAAUUCUGCUGGGAAUGUUUAAGAGACAAAGAAACACAUACAGGUACAUUUUCAGAAUGCACUAAUAAAGCAAAACGUUUAACUAACUAUACAUUAUCCAACAUUCUUAUCAGUGAUCUUCCAAUCAAAUAUUUCACUGCUUGUUUGGAAAUGCACAAAUUCUCUUCAAAUAUCAAACUAUUAGAAAAAUGGCUUCAAAGUAUUUUACAAAUGAAGGCAGUCACAGUGAAGUUCCCGGCAUCAGUUCUUUGUGUUAGUGACAACAAAAGCAUGUUGGACUUGACCAAAUCAUUAGCUGAAGAAAGUUUUUAUUUCUUAGAACAUGUCUCAACAUUUAUGGAAAUGUUUUACGUUUUGUUGUCUUUCGCAGCAGUAAUUAAAAGAAAGUUUUGUAAAAUAACAGCAGUAAGCCUGCACAAAAUGUCCAGACUAGAGUUUAUAAACAAAAGGUUAGAGAACUAUGUGAUGGGGAAAACUCUACCACAGAUUAGUAAAUCUGUCAGAUCAAUUGAAAUCCUCUUAAAAGCUGGGGAAAAUGUUGUAUCAGAACUUGUUCAAUUGGCACCACUGUUGCAGAACAUUUCUAAAGAUGUUAAGGCUGAAACUAUAGGAGACCUGGAUCCAAUCAAAUAUUUAAGAUACAAAUGAAUUUUUGAACUUAAAGAGAUUAUCUCAUUUAAGGUAUCAAAUUUUAAUUUGUGAUAACAAGAUUUUUGAAACCAUAAUUUUUUUUAUUUUAUAAAAAAGGAUUUUACAUAUUAACAUUAAAGAAUAAAGACUGACCAAUAUUCAAUAUUAUAAUUGAAUUUGGUGAUAGAAAACAAGUGUCUACUUCAGUAAACCAUGCAAUCCACAAGGUUGAACUUCAAAAUAAUAAAAAAAAUAUUUGAAAGACAUUGGAUAAGCUAAUUAAACAUAGAUACUCAUUAUUUCAUUUUAAAUGUCUACCGAAACAAAAAUAAACUUUAUUGGUGUAGAAACACUUCAUCAGAUUAUAGAAUAAUCUAUUUUGCGAUCAUAAAUGUUAUUUAAUAUAAUCCUUUUCAUUAAUUUGUUAAUUCAUUAUAUGAAUUAUUCAUUUAAUUUUUUUUAAUUUAUGUAAAUUAAGGUUGUUUUUUUCUUCAAAAUUUUUACUGAACCAACUGUACAAAAUAAUAAUGAGUUUAGUGUUGUGACUGUAGUACUUCUAUGACUGGUAAGGGACAAUCUAAACGAGCUGCAGUAAAUCAUGUGGGGUUUAUGGGGGUUUACUAAUUUACAUUGCCAUUUCCAUGACAUAGUGCUGUUUUCAAUCUUGAUUUUUUUUUUGUGGCUGAUUUUUCUUCAAAUUUUGACCAGGAUUUCAUAAAACAUGUAUCUUAAUAGUUUUUAAAUUCUUUUAUAUUGUUAUAUUAUUACAUUGUUGUUUUUUUUUCUUUUUUCCACAAAAUGAGUGUCACUGAUAAAAAGUCAAGUAUUUCAUUUAUUUCAUAUUACUGCUGUUCUAAAAAAACUGACAAAAAAACAACACAUAACUUAGAGAUGGAUAAAUAAAGUUAUGAGUGAUGUAAAUUCAAGAUUACUUCCCUUUAAAUUAUUUUUAAAAAAAAUCUAAAAUGGAACAUAUUUGAUGUUGUGAGCUUAUUAAAAUUAAUAUUUUUAAAACUGA